AAGAUCCACCACCACCACACGCGCGCGCGCCUAUAAAAGCGGCGCCGGGCAGCGCAGGCUCCCGGCAGCAAAAGCAGCAGCCAGCGUCGUGCGCCGAUCCAGACGACUAGCCUCGCGCCGCCGCCCAACACCUCUCGUCCGCUCUUCCUUUGCGAGCUCGAUCGAGUCGAGCCCCCUCGCUCGCUCGUCGCCGCGCCACCACCACCCGUCCACCCGUACCUCGGGCCUUAGCCUCUCCACCGUGAUCGACCGGCGUUGAGCAAUAGACUAGUGCGUGCGCGAUGGCCACCAUCCUGCCGGAGACCGCGUCGGACGGCAAGGCCCUGACGGACGCCUGGGACUACAAGGGCCGCCCGGCCAGCCGCGCCUCCACCGGCGGAUGGGGCUGCGCCGCCAUGAUCCUAGGCGCGGAGCUGUUCGAGCGGAUGACGACGCUGGGCAUCGCGGUGAACCUGGUGCCGUACAUGACCGGCACCAUGCACCUCGGCAAUGCAGCCGCCGCCAACACCGUCACCAACUUCAUCGGCACCUCCUUCAUGCUCUGCCUCCUCGGCGGCUUCGUCGCCGACAGCUACCUCGGCCGCUACCUCACCAUCGCCAUCUUCACCGCCGUCCAGGCCACGGGCGUGAUGAUCCUGACCAUAUCGACGGCGGCUCCGGGCCUGCGCCCGCCGCCGUGCGCGGACGCCAAGGGCGCGAGCCCCGACUGCGUGGCGGCCAACGGGACCCAGCUCGGGGUGCUGUACCUGGGCCUGUACCUGACGGCACUGGGCACGGGCGGGCUCAAGUCGAGCGUGUCGGGGUUCGGGUCGGACCAGUUCGACGAGUCGCACGACGGCGAGCGCGGCAAGAUGCUGCGCUUCUUCAACUGGUUCUACUUCUUCGUGAGCAUCGGCGCGCUGCUGGCCGUCACGGUGCUGGUGUACGUGCAGGACAACGUGGGCCGGCGCUGGGGCUACGGCGUCUGCGCCGCCGGCAUCCUCGUCGGGCUCGCCGUGUUCCUGCUAGGCACCAGGAGGUACCGGUUCAAGAAGCUGGUGGGGAGCCCGCUGACGCAGGUGGCCGCCGUGACGGUCGCCGCCUGGAACAAGCGCGCGCUGCCGGUACCGUCCGACCCGGACAUGCUCUACGACGUGGACGACGCGGCCGCCGCCGGCGCCGACGUCAAGGGGAAGCAGAAGCUGCCCCACAGCAAGGAAUGCCGGUUCCUUGACCACGCCGCCAUCGUCGACGGCGAGUCCCCGGCGGCGGCGAGCAAGUGGACGCUGUGCACGCGGACGGACGUGGAGGAGGUGAAGCAGGUGGUGCGGAUGCUGCCCAUCUGGGCCACCACCAUCAUGUUCUGGACCAUCCACGCGCAGAUGACCACCUUCUCGGUGGCGCAGGCCGAGCUCAUGGACCGCGGCAUCGGCGGCUCGGGCUUCCUCAUCCCCGCGGGCUCCCUCACCGUCUUCCUCAUCGGCUCCAUCCUCCUCACCGUGCCCAUCUACGACCGUCUCCUCGCGCCCGUGGUCAAGCGCCUCACGGGCAACCCGCACGGCCUCAGCCCGCUCCAGCGGGUCUUCGUCGGCCUCUUCCUCUCCAUCGCCGGCAUGGCCGUGGCCGCGAUCGUCGAGCGCCACCGCCAGACCACCUCCGUGCACGGCGUCACCAUCACCGUCUUCCUGCUCAUGCCGCAGUUCGUGCUCGUCGGCGCCGGCGAGGCGUUCACGUACAUGGGCCAGCUCGCCUUCUUCCUGCGCGAGUGCCCCAAGGGCAUGAAGACAAUGAGCACGGGACUCUUCCUCAGCACCUGCGCGAUCGGCUUCUUCUUCAGCACGCUGCUCGUCACCAUCGUCGAUAAGGUCACGGGCCACGGCGGCGGUCACGGGGGAUGGCUCGCGGACAACCUCAAUGACGGCAGGCUCGAUUACUUCUACUGGUUGCUCGCCGUGAUCAGCGUCAUCAACAUCGUCCUCUUCACGUUCGCUGCCAGAGGAUAUGUCUACGUGGAGAAGCGCCUGGCCGACGCCGGCAUCGAGCUCGCCGACGAGGAGGCCAUAGCCGUCGGCCACUGAUGCUGCUGCCACAACCGGCGUGCGUGCAUGCAUGCGCGCAUUCUUUCUUCUUCCUUGUAUGUUUUGAUGACUUGUUUUGGCGUGUAUGUACUCGGUGGGGGUAUGCGUGAUGUAUUUUGGCACGGUGUGACCCCGUCGUACCUACGUACGUGGAGCUAAUGAACGUGUACGCCUGAGGGUAAAGAAAUGUACAUAGAAAUAUACGGCUUAAUAAGUGCCAAAUAGUGAUAAGUUGUAUUAUGCUUCUUGAAAUGAAUAGUAGCGUUGUUGCCCUUGUCUAA